AUGCAGCUCAUUAAUAUCAUCAUCCUAUCCCUCGGCCUCAGUGCCUCCGCCAUUCCUGUACCUGGGGAUGACCACUCCGUCUCGCACAAUGGCGGAAACAAGGGUGGCAAGAACGAUAAUUACGGUAAUUACGAUAACUAUGGCGAUCAUGGUAACAGCGGUAAUUACGGCAACGAUGGAAAUCAUGGCCAUGACAAUGACCGUGGCAAUAACGGCAAUCAUGGUAACAAUGGAGGCAACAAAGGUUAUGGCGGAGUAUCUCACUCAUACAGAGAUGACAAGCACGACAAUUAUGGAUGGAAUAAGGGCUAUGGUGGAGACAACAAAGGUUAUGGCGGAGACUAUAACAAUGGCGGCAAGAACGACGAUUACGGCAAUUCUCAUGGUUAUGGUGGAGUUUCCAACUCAUACGGAGAUAACAAGAAUGACAAUCAUGGAUAUGGUGGAGGAUAUGGAGAAGGCUCUAUUCACAGAAGAGGCGGCAGAGAUGACAAGCAUGACGAUCAUGACAGACAUGGCAAGGGCAACAAACAUGAUAACGGCAAGCAUGGUGGCGGAAAACAUGACGAUGAUGAACAUGACGAUUACAAGCAUGGCAGUGGAAAACGUGAUAACGACAAGCAUGACGACGACAAACACGACAGCGACAAGCAUGACGACAAAGACGACAACGACAAGCAUGACGAUGAUAAGCAGGACAACGACAAGCAUGACAACGACAAGCACGACGAUGACAAGUAUGAUGGAGGAAAGCAUGACGACGACAAGCAUGACGAUGAUAAGCACGACGAUGAUAAGCAUGAUGGGGAAAAAUACGACGGUGGAAAGCAUGACAACGACAAACACGACAACGACAAGCACGACAACGACAAGCACAACAACAACAACUACAACUGGAACAAAGGCACCAACGGAUAUUCCUCCUGGUAA